CCUCCUCCUCCUCCUCCUCCUCCUCCGUCACUGCUGACGUCAUCUUCCUCCUGGUGACUGUGCUGUUAUCAAGAUGGCGCUGCGGCCGGGAUCCGGAGGAGGCAGCAGUUUCAUGUAUCCUGUCGGAGGAGGCCUGGGACCUCCACAAGGCAUGGUACCCAUGCAGCAGCAGCAGCAGCAACAGCAACAACAGCAGGGCUUCCCUAUGGUCAUGCAGCCGAACAUGCAGGGCAUGAUGGGAAUGAACUUUGGAGGGCAGAUGCCUCCGGGAGCGAUGCCUAUGCAGGGUGGGAUGGCCAUCGGGAUGCAGACCCCUGGGAUGCAGUUCUUGGGUCAGCCACAGUUUAUGGGUAUGAGACCUCCUGGACCUCAGUACACAGCUGACAUGCAGAAACAAAUGGCGGAGGAGCAUCAAAAACGUCUGGAGCAGCAGCAGAAGAUGCUGGAGGAGGACAGGAAAAGACGACAGUUUGAGGAGCAGAAACAGAAGCUGAGGCUGCUCAGCAGUGUCAAACCCAAAACAGGAGAAAAGAGCCGCGAUGAUGCCUUGGAGGCGAUCAAAGGCAACCUGGAUGGCUUCAGCAGAGACGCGAAGAUGCACCCGACUCCGUCAUCACAGACAAAGAAGCCAGACUCAUCGCCAUCACACCCGUCUGUCACCACUCACUCCCUUCCCCAAGCUUUGUCCGAGGACAAUGACGAGUUUAGUGACUUUCAGGGGCCUUUAGACGCCCCCGCCUCCUUCCCUGCGCCCUCCUCCUCCUGCUCCUCCUCCUCCACUUCCUCCACCUUCGGCCUCUCCUCUCAGGCCCACGUCCAGCCUUCGUCCUCUGCCCCCAAGACAGGUUUCUCUGAGGAGGAUGAUGACUUUUCUGACUUUGUUCAGGGUCCUGUUAAUGCUUUCCCUGCCUCCAACCUCCACCUCUCCUCCCAGGCCCAAGUCCAACCUUCAUCCCCUUCCCUGUGGGCAGGUAUGCCCCCCUCUUCCUCCUCCCUCCCUCAGUCCCUCCCUCUCACUGUCACCCAGCACUCUGCUGUCAACACCAGCUCCCAAUCUACAUUUCAAGGCCCGUCCUUGGAAGAGAAGCUAUUCUCCUCGUGCGAUCUCACUGCUGAUAAGACGGCCCAGAUUAGCUUUAGGCCUAAGCAGAGUUUGGCUAAAAUGGGUCCUAGAGCUAAAGUUUCAACCCAGUUUCAAUCCAGCACUAAAUCCAGGAACUGGGCUGCGGCCCCCGAGGACUUGAGUUCUGUCUUCGUCGCUGAAAAGCUACCUGAGGCCCCCGUGUCGGCACCCAGCGUCCCCCCAUCAGCUCCUGACUCGCCUCCUCAAAGCAGUAGUGACAGUGCAGGUGUUGGCGUGUACCCACAAACAGAGCACAUCCAGCCCAUGCUGCCAGGCUGGAUUUAUAACGACAGCCUUGUUCCAGAAAUGUUCAAGAAGGUUCUUGAAUUCACCAUGACUCCGGCAGGGAUCGACACAGCCAAACUCUACCCAAUACUAAUGUCAUCAGGUCUUCCCAGGGAAGCGCUGGGGCAAAUCUGGGCGUCAGCCAACCGCACAACACCUGGCAUGCUGACCAAGGAGGAGCUCUACACUGUACUUGCACUAAUUGGCGUGGCACAGAGUGGCCUCCCGGCAAUGAAUGUGGAAAUCCUCAGUCAGUUCCCUUCUCCACCAGUGCCCAACCUGCCGGCCUUGGCUAUGGCCAUGGCCCCCGUCAUGCCCCAGCACCAGCAACCCAUGAUGACCAAGCCCCCGGUCUCCAUGUCCAUGUCCAUGCCCACACCAGCACCACCAGUCAUGGCCAUGACCCCCGCAGCACCGGUUCAAGCUCCCACAAACACCAACUUCGUCGCCAGUUUCCCUCCUGCGCAGGCGACCAAAGCCGAUGACGACGACUUCCAGGAUUUCCAGGAGGCUCCAAAGCCUGGAGCAGGAGACCAGGCCUUCACCGAGUUCCAGGGGGAGUCAGGUGGAAGUUUCCCCACCACCAUCGCACCUCAGCACCAAAACAGUGCGCCUGCCAUGCUGACUCCGGUCUCUGGUUCCUCCUCCGCUUCCGUCACGUCCUCUGAUAAGUACGCCGUCUUCAAGCAGUUGUCUGUGGAUCCGCCUGCGGAGCCUACACCCCCCGCCUCAGAUAUUGGAGACAAAUACAGUGUGUUCAGACAGCUCGAGCAACCCGCUGAAAAGAAACCAGUUGGAGAAGGAUUUGCAGAUUUCAAGUCUGUCAGCGCUGAUGAUGGCUUCACAGACUUUAAAACCGCCAACAGCAUCUCUCCUCUAGACCCUUCAGAACAGGCCAAGAUCUUUCAGCCUACCUUUCCUCCUGCUUUUCCAAACUCUCAGUCUCUACAACAUCUACCGCAGCAGCAACAGCAACAGCCAGCAGUGUCUCUUUCUCAGCCCAAAAAUCCUCUCAACAUGGCCGACCUGAACCUUUUCUCUUCUAUAGCUCCCUCUGCUCCUGCCCCCACUGAGACAAAACCCAGCACAUUCCCCUCGGUGUCCGUGCCCCCUUCUCUAGUGCUCCUACCCGGUGGUGCCAAACCUCCAGGGGGAGGUGCAGAUGAUUUUGGUGACUUUGCCCUCUUUGGCUCUUCCUCUGAUGCUGCUCAAGCUUCGGCAGCAGGAGGAGCUGUGGCGGCACCUCAGGACGACUUUGCAGACUUCAUGGCGUUUGGUAGUUCUGGCGGGGAGCCCAAAGGCGAGAGCAGCAGUGUGGGUGUCCAGGGGGAGACCUCCACUCAGCAGCGACCUCAGCAGAGCUCAGACAAGUACGACGUAUUCAAACAGCUCUCUCUGGAGGGAGGCCUGGCCUACGAUGACACAAAGGAGAGCGGCGGUGGCUCCUUCUCUUCUCUCAAGAGCGACACAGACGACUUUGCUGACUUUCAGUCCUCGAAGUUCUGCACGGCCCUCGGGGCGUCGGAAAAGACACUGGUGGACAAAGUGGCCGCUUUCAAGCAGGCCAAAGAGGACUCCGCCUCUGUCAAGUCCCUCGACCUCCCGUCCAUCGGGGGGAGCAGCGUAGGAAAGGACGACUCCGAGGACGCACUCUCAGUGCAGCUGGACAUGAAGCUCUCGGACAUGGGCGGAGACCUGAAACACGUGAUGUCGGACAGCUCUCUGGAUUUGCCGGGUCUCUCGGCCCACCAGCCCCCCGCUACAGAAGCAGACGACAUGAAAUUUGACCCCUUUGGGACGUCGGGCCUCAGCACCCUGACCAGCUAUGACUGGUCAGACCGGGAGGAAUGUCUACCCGGUGAGGUCAGAAAGCCACAGGGCUCAGAGGGAGCUUCCCUUCCGUCUUUAGUGCCAACACAGAGGAAGGAGCUGACCUUUGGAAGCACUGAAAACAUCACAAGCAGCUCCGUAGCGAAGAUCAUCACCUCCUUCCCCGCAGAGGACGUCUCAUCGACCGAUGACAAGUUCGAACCCUUUGCUGAUUUUGGCUCCGGCGAUCAGGGCAGUGUCGACGUCGAGGACGACUUCGGGGACUUUGCGAGUACUGUUUCCGAGAAGUCCGACUCGCCCGCCGCCACCGCUGAGACGGGCUCCGAGGAGGCCUCUGAUGAGUUUGGAGCCUUCCAGGGAGACAAGCCUAAGUUUGGAAAGUCUGACUUCCUGAAAGCCAGCGCUCAGGCCAAAGUCAAGUCCAGCGAGGAGAUGAUCAAGAACGAACUGGCAACCUUUGAUUUGUGUGUUCAAGGCUCCCACAAACGCAGUCACAGUUUGGGUGACAAGGAGAUUGGGCGUUCGCCCCCGUCUCCGGCUCCAGAGCAGGCCUUCAGAGACCGAUCCAACACCCUGAGCGAGAAGCCCGCCCUGCCUGUCAUCAGGGACAAAUACAAGGACCUGACAGGGGAGGUGGAGGAGAGCGAGCGCUACGCGUACGAGUGGCAAAGGUGUCUGGAAAAUGCCCUGGAGGUCAUCACCAAAGCCAACAACAUCCUGAACGGCAUCAGCAGCUCCUCCGUCUGCACCGAGGUCAUCCAGUCUGCUCAGGGCAUGGAGUACCUGCUGGGCGUGGUGGAAGUGUAUCGUGUCACCCGGCGCGUGGAGCUGGGCAUCAAAGCGACGGCCGUGUGCUCGGGGAAGCUGCAGCAGCUGCUGAAGGACAUCAGCCGCGUGUGGAACAACCUCAUGGGCUUCAUGUCGCUGGCCAAGCUCGCUCCUGAUGAAAGCUCCCUCGAUUUCUCCUCCUGUAUUCUGAGACACGGCAUUAAGAACGCCAAGGAGUUGGCUUGUGGGGUGUGUCUGCUCAACGUUGACGCUCGCAGCAAGAACAAAGAAGAAAGCGCUAUUGGACGUCUGUUUAAACGAGCGUUCAACUCGGAGACGGACAACUUCAAGCUGCUGUACGGGGGCCACCAGUACCACGCCAGCUGUGCCAAUUUCUGGAUUAACUGUGUGGAGCCCAAACCCCCGGGCCUCAUACUGCCUGACCUGCUCUGAGCUGACCGCGGCUGCCAUGGCAACGGGAGCACGGGGUCUAAUCAUCAUCGGAUAGGUGGAGCAACGACGCACCGCGCACUGCACGGCCUCUCACCUUGACUGAGAGCGAGAAGGACCUUAAAAGUCACUGGAUCCGUCACUCAGACUUUAAGCUUUUCUAUAAAUAACGUUGUUCUCCCACGUUAAUUACCUAAACACGUGUAGGUCAGCUGUGUAGGUCCGUUACUAAUGAUGCUUUUAAGAUUAUUUGUGACUUAAAUGACUCAUUUAAAUUAUUAUUAGGUGUGCAAUAUCAUUCCAAACACUGGCAGGAGACUUGGUGUGUAAACAUCUUGAGUUUAAGUUAAUGUCACUUGUUGCUUUGCUUCUGUCUGAGAGGACUUUUCUUCAUGACUCUCCUUUUUGUUCCCACUUGAACCAGAGCUGUUGAAUCACAAGCCUAUUGUUGUACUUGAAUUACAUUUGUUGGUCGGGUCUGUGACUGUUUUAAUAUCUUUAUAAAAUCUUUAAUCUAAGACAUAUCUGCCUAAAUAUGUUGAAUUUAUUGGGUUUUUUGUUUGUUUUUUUUGCACUGGAGGAGAUUUCAGCACCUCUUUGGGGUAUUUAAACUGUAUUUUAUAGGGUGAGAGUUGUGAUUUGGGGACUGGAAGGGAAACAUGUUGGCGGUUUUGUUUUUCUGUCGUGGUGUUUGUGUGCAACUACAGCUGAAAGUCGACUGUGAUUACAAAGUGAAAUUGCAGCAGCACUUUUUGUAUAUUGCGGUGUCACAUGCUGUAGCAAUGUAAUUAUAACUGUAAUGUGAAUGUGAUGUAAAUAAAAUAUGCAUACAGUUUA